AUGUAUUUAAAUGAACGAUUACAAUUACAUGAACAUAUGAAUAAAGAAGAUGCCUUAAAUUCAAUUAUUGAAUUAGAAAAUUUUUAUACAGGAUUAAAAAGUAAAUUACGUGGUUCACCAUCAGAAAUGGUUGAUAAAGCAUGGCAUGCACAUAUAUUAAAUACACCAAUGUAUUUUCGUUUUUCUGAAACAAUGUUUGGGAAAUAUCUGCAUCAUUUACCAUUUUGGUCUGGUAAUAGAGAACAGGCAGCAGAGCUUGUUGAUGAUAUACCAAUGUUUGAAAAAUUGAAAGCAUUGGGUAUUGAAAAUAUGAAUGAAACUGUUUGGACAUAUCGAUUAGAAAAAAAAAUGGCGAAUGAUCUUCAAUCAGAGAGAAUAGAAUAA